GAGUUUUAUAACAUCUGAAAUUUGAUUCCAUCACGGUUUUUUUGAUGCAGUACGUCAAGCAGACUCCAUACUAUGAUCUCCAAGUAACAACACCAUGUAAGAGAUGUACACCAAAAGUUGUGGGCUCGACAUUGUAUUCAUCUCGUGGGGACAUGAUGAUUACAUUUACCUUUUUCACAGGUUCUGAAGGAGAGUCAAACUACAUUACCAUCACCCGGUCUGUUCAUCAUCCAAUACCAUUCUACGCUCUUUGCAAAUCAGAAGAAUACAAGCAUUUGAUGAAAAAUGAAGACAGAGAGAACAUGAAGUGGCUGAAAGUGUUCAACAAGUGCGAUCUCUACAGCAAACGCAAAAUUCGUUCAAAACAUACGACAACUUAUGGUCACACCGUUGCUGGUCUUCUAACAAACAAGAAUGUGAAAUCUGAGCGUCAAGAUGUUAAUCCAUGAUAAGUUACAAACUUGUUUCAGCCGUUCUUGGCUGUGCCAUUCUUAACUGGUUUUUGCACCAGCAACAAUGAAGAGAGUUUCACGAGUAUGACUUACGGUUCUCAUGCAAUGGCCUCUAUCUUAUUGAUAAUGAAAUAAGUUGUUAAAG